CUUAGCGCUAAUAUUUAUGCAAUUAGAUUAAAAUAAUAUUAAAAAGUAACGUUACUCUAAGAUAAAAUCCUUAACUAAGGAUUUUUUUAUGGUUGAUCUUUAGUGAGCUGGCGUCCUCUUUUCUCCCCUCUCUUCUUCCAUCGCCUUCCAAUCUUCUCCAAUGUUAAUUAGGUUUCCACUUGAGUUUCUGAGUUUCUGAAAAUUUUUGUCGGAUCCUUUAAUUAAAAAUCUCUCCUUCUUCUCCUCAUGAUUCUCUGAUUCUCAAUCCUCUUUUUUCUCCACCUCCUCUGUUUUUUUCCCUCUCAUCAAUGGAGUCUGUUAUUAACGAGAUCAUCUUCUUCCUCCCCUGCAAUUGGGUUCCUCAACCAUCGUCACGUGCUAUCAACUCCCAUACCAACACUUUCCUUCUCCCUCCUCUGUUCUCUUCAUCCCUCGAACCCGCCAUGCUACCACCUCCGUUCAAGCCGUCACAACAUUCAACGGGUAAUGAUUCAACAACAAAGCUCUUGAAGGAGGAGGAGGGUGGUGAUAAGGUCGUGUUCGAUACCAGCGGAGAGAUGCCCAUUAGCUUUGAUAACAGCUUUGUGAACGAAGAAGAGGAACCUGCCAAGAAGGAAGUGUUUGGAAAAGAAGAGAAAGAGCUCACUGAGGUCAUCAAAGCUCGGAUGUUUAAGAGUGAUGAGGAUUUCGUUAGAAAGAGUGAUCUUUUAGUGAAUGGCGUGGUGCUUAAUGCUUAACAAUGCUCAGUUCGUAUUAGCGUUUGACCAAAAGAAUGAUAUGAGGAAUUGGACUCCAUUGAUUGGUUCGCUUCUUGCAUUUGGCUUGGCUCAGUUGUUAGUGAAGAUGAUCGAGACUGUGUUUUGUGGAGAGCAAGAACUGUGUUUUGUGUGUUGUACUGAAGAAAGAAUAAUUAAGAGAUUUUAAGGAGAACA